CUCUAUUGAGCGUUAGGCUCAGAGACAGAAGAGGAUUUAAAAUAUUCCACUCGCUGUUUUUUUCUGGUUCAAUGAAAGCCAAUGAACAAUUUACGAAGUAGACCAGACCCAGCUGCUUUUGCAUUGGUGUCUAUGGGAGACCCACCCGUUAAGUAGACCGGAAGUGACAUUUUUAUUCAAUGGUAAACGGACUGAGUGAACUCUUUAUUUUUCAAUGCAGAUUCAGGCGCGCAAUAUUGGAUCUCCCGUAGGCUACCUCGUGUAAAGCACAAACUAUACAUUCGAAAUUGAAAAUAGAACGCAUGUUGUGUAACCAUUUCACUCUCAAACAGGACAUUCAAUGGCCGAGAUUUAUUUCCCAAAUCGGCAUUGAGCAAUUCCGUACAUGCGCUAUAGGAUUUUGGGGUAAACGGAUCCAAGUGGACCGCGUAGAAAUAGCUUGUGGAUGUUAUCCUAAUACCUUGGGCAAUGUGCAUUGCACUGUGCUAUUUGGAUAUAGUUCAAAUACGCUGGAUAAGACAUCAUCCAUUCGCAGUGCUAUCAAUAUGCUAUAGCGAGGAGGAAAAAUGCUGUGUCACAUUUGGAGGCCACUCACGCGCAUCCCGUGUCAGCCAGUCUGAGCCAGAGCCAGAGCCGGUGCAUGCGCUCAGUGCGCCAUCGAUGAUGUUGUGGGAUAUAUCCAGUCUGGUCGACUAUAACCACGCUAUGUGUUAUACAUUUUUAAAAUCGACAUAGGCACAUACAGCCACUGGACUUUUAAUUAAAUCUAUGUAGCCUACAGUAGCGCUGGUGAACAAUAUGUUCUAUGUAGGAGGAGGUGGUGGGUAGCCUAUGCAAUUUCAGUUGUCGGCGUACUGAUCCCAUUUUGGAACACAUGAUGUUUACUCUUACCGAGGUAGCCGCCCUGAAUGACAUCCAGCCAACCUAUCGGAUCCUGAAACCAUGGUGGGACGUCUUUAUGGACUACCUGGGCGUCGUCAUGCUGAUGCUGGCCAUAUUUUCUGGAACUAUGCAGUUAACCAAAGACCAGGUGGUUUGCCUUCCUAUCCUGGAACCAGCUUCAGAGGACCCCAGCGGUUUCACAACACCGCAGCCAGUGGAGGGGUCUGGUUCUGGGUCAGGGAACGGAGGAAGUAGGGUGACGCUAGCCGCCGCUCCUCUAGUGACUAAGGAUCUACCGGAUAGUGUUGUUCAUCAGAUUCACUUUCCACAUUCUGGUGGUGUUGGACAGCAGCCUCUGCCAACAGGCGUCAGGACAAACCUGGACUUUCAGCAGUAUGUUUUUGUAAAUCAGAUGUGCUAUCAUGUCGCCCUGCCGUGGUAUUCUAAAUACUUCCCAUACCUUGCUCUUAUACACACCAUCGUCCUCAUGGUCAGCAGUAACUUCUGGUUCAAAUAUCCAAAGACUUGUUCGAAAAUAGAGCAUUUUGUGGGGAUUCUGGGGAAGUGUUUUGAGUCUCCUUGGACGACCAAGGCAUUAUCUGAGACGGCAUGUGAGGACUCAGAGGAGAAUAAGCAAAGGCUCACUGGUGCCCCUUUCCUGCCAAAACAUUUCUCAACCAGCAGUGAAGAGGGAAGUCCUAACCAGUCCAACCCGAUGCUGGCUAAGUCUGAGGUCAAGUUCACUGCUGAUAAGCCUGUCAUUGAAGUCCCAUGCAUGACCAUACUAGACAAUAAAGAUGGAGAGCAGGCCAAGGCCCUAUUUGAAAAGGUUAGGAAGUUUCGUACCCACGUGGAAGACAGUGAUUUGAUCUACAAGCUCUACGUUGCCCAAACAGUGAUCAAAACUGUGAAGUUCAUUUUGAUCUUGUGUUACACAAUGACGUUUGUUGCUGCCAUUGACUUUGACCAUGUGUGUGAGCCUGACAUAAAACAUUUAACUGGAUACACUAAAUUCCAAUGCACACAUAAUAUGGCAUUCAUGUUAAGGAAGCUGCUUGUCAGCUAUAUUUCCCUCGUCUGUAUAUACGGCCUCAUCUGUAUAUACACUCUCUUCUGGCUCUUUCGACGACCUCUCAAGGAGUACUCUUUUGAGAAAGUCAGAGAGGAGAGUAGCUUCAGUGACAUUCCUGACGUGAAGAACGACUUUGCGUUUCUCUUGCACAUGGUCGAUCAGUACGACCAGCUGUACUCUAAGCGGUUUGGUGUCUUCCUCUCUGAAGUCAGUGAGAACAAGCUGCGGGAGAUCAGCUUGAAUCACGAGUGGACAUUCGAGAAACUGAGACAGCAUGUAACCCGCAACGCUCAGGACAAACUGGAGCUCCAUCUCUUCAUGUUGUCAGGUUUGCCAGACGCUGUCUUUGACCUGACAGAUCUGGAGAUCCUGAAGCUGGAGCUGAUCCCAGAGGCCAGGAUAACAGCCAAGAUCUCCCAGAUGAUCAACAUUCAGGAGCUACACUUCUACCACUGUCCUGCCAAAGUCGAGCAGACCGCGUUCAGUUUCCUUCGUGACCACCUCCGGUGCCUUCAUGUCAAGUUUACGGAUGUAGCCGAGAUCCCCACUUGGGUGUACCUGUUGAAAAGUCUGAGGGAGCUGUACUUGGUCGGGAAUCUGAAUUCUGAAAACAACAAGAUGAUCGGAUUAGAAUCCCUCAGAGACAUGAGGCAUCUAAAGAUUCUGCAUCUAAAAAGCAAUUUGACGAAGGUCCCGACCAACAUAACAGAUCUCUCUCCACACCUGAUCAAGCUGGUGGUACACAAUGACGGUACUAAACUCCUGGUACUGAACAGUUUGAAGAAAAUGAUGAACCUAGCUGAACUAGAGCUUCACAACUGUGAACUGGAGAGGAUACCCCAUGCUAUUUUCAGUUUGACCAACCUGCAGGAGCUGGACCUGAAAUCCAACAACAUUCGCACCAUUGAGGAGGUCAUCAGCUUCCAGCACCUCAAGAGGCUGAUCUGCCUCAAACUGUGGCACAAUAAAAUCAUUACCAUUCCAUUGUCAAUAAGCCAUGUUAAAAACCUUGAGUCCCUCUACCUUUCGCACAAUAAACUUGAAUCUCUGCCCGUACCCUUGUUUAACCUGCUCAAGCUGAGGUAUCUGGACAUUAGCCACAACUCCAUAGUGGUAAUUCCGCUGGAGAUUGGUUUCAUGCAGAACCUCCAGCACUUUGCUAUUACAGGCAACAAGGUGGAGGUAGUACCCAAGCAGCUGUUUAAGUGCACCAAACUGAGGACACUAUGUCUGGGACACAAUUGUAUCGCCGUCCUUCCAGAGAAGAUCAGCAAUCUGGUGCAGCUAACAAACCUGGAGCUGAAGGGAAACUGUCUGGACCGCCUGCCGCCCCAGCUAGGCCAGUGUCACCUCCUCCGCAGGCACUGCCUGGUGGUGGAGGACCACCUGUUUGACUCACUCCCCCUAGAGAUCAAGGAGAGUAUCAAUCAGGAAGCCAACGUGCCCUUUGCUAAUGGGGUGUGAGUGACUGUCACUUUACCCAUACAGGAAUGGGAUUACAAAAAUGAGACAACUCUCCAGAGUCAAUGUUUUUAAUUACAACAUGUGAACUGAAAGAAAGGUUUUUGCUCAGGGCUGACUCGUCAUGAAAGAACAGAUUAGGUUUUAAACGGGUAGAAAAUGACACUGUGCUCACUCAUUAUGAAAGAAGAUCCCAGGUACUGUGGAAAAAGCCAUAAGUAUGGUCUAGUUCAAGAAUGGUAGGUUAGUUCCAGAGUUAUGGGCUGGUUCCAUAGUGAUGGUCUGGUUCAAGAGUGAUGAUCUGGUUCAAGCGUGAUGGUCUGGUUCCAGAUUGAUGGUCUGGUUCCAGAGUGAUUGGGUGGUUCCAGAGUGAUUGGGUGGUUCCAGAGUGAUUGGCUGGAUCCAGAGUGACGGGCUGGAUCCAGAGUGACGGGCUGGAUCCAGAGUGACGGGCUGGAUCCAGAGUGACGGGCUGGAUCCAGAGUGACGGGAUGGAUCCAGAGUGAAGGGAUGGAUCCAGAAUGACGGACUAGUUCCAGAAUGACGGACUAGUUCCAGAAUGAUGGACUGGGGUGUAAUCAUUAGUCCAAACAGUUGCAAAACAGAACAUUUUGCAACUAAAACUAGUGUUUCUAUUGGACAAUUCAGGUAGGUCCUUCCCCGUUUCAUUCCAUUUGCUUCUGUUUAAGAAAUGUUUUGCAACAGAAUCGGCGUAAUGACUACAUCCCUGGUUCCAGAAUGAGGUUCUGAUUCCAGAGUGACGGCAAGUUCUAGAAUGACGACCGUGUUUGUGUUAGACCACGAAAUUAUUAGUCAAUGUUCUGAGGAAAAUGGAUGCUCCUUUUAAUUAUGGAACAGAGAAUGGUGGUGUAGAAUUUAUAGAUGCGAGGGAUACAUGUUCUGAUGAGAUUUUAUGUUUGUUUUCUUUUGUUUUCUUCAUGUUUUAUAGCAACAUUUUAUGGAACGCCGUUUGGGUCUUUGUGUGUCAAAGAAGAUACACGUCAAAUAACACUUUGUCAUGUCAAAUAACACUAUUUGAUGUGUCAAAUAAGCUUGUUGACCAAUCAGGACCGGAAUAUGACUGCACGUCACAUAAUAAUUUAACGUGUUCAUAAUUUUUAAUACGUAGUUAUUACACAUUGAUUACACUAUCACUUGUAUUUCAUAUGUCACAACGAUUCAUCGAUAUAUAUGCUAUGAUGCUAGUACAGUGCUGGUCAUAAAAAAAGCUAGCUAGCUCAUGGAUGCAAACAAUGUCUUCCCCAAAAACAUAGCAAAACGACAUAAUCUGUUUCAGUAAGCUAGGUAUCAUCUAAAAUAACCCUAAUUUAUAAGACAGUUUUUAUUUGACUAAUGGUGGUCGGACCCAUCUAUGUGAAGCUAGCCACAAUAAGGAUUAGCCACAAUAGUGAACUUUGCGGUUAGCCUUCAAAAUAAAAGUAUGUCAAUGACAGUGUUGCAAAUGAAUACAAAUUGUAGAAUUAUGCUAUAAUUGAAUAGAUCAUGCUAAACGAGUUUGGAAUGUUAUAUAAAAUCAACAAAAGACAAUCAUUUGCGUGGUCUAGGGCACUGCAUCGCAGCGCUAGCUGUGCCACCAGAUACACUGGGUUCGCGCCCAGGCUCUGUCGCAGCCGGCCGCGACCGGGAGGUCCGUGGGGCGACGCACAAUUGGCCUAGCGUCGUCCGGGUUAGGGAGGGUUUGGCCGGUAGGGAUAUCCUUGUCUCAUUGCGCACCAGCGACUCCUGUGGCGGGCCGGGCGCAGUGCGCGCUAAUCAAGGGAGCCGGGUGCACAGUGUUUCCUCCGACACAUUGGUGCGGCUGGCUUCCGGGUUGCAGGCGCGCUGUGUUAAGAAGCAGUGCGGCUUGGUUGGGUUGUGUUUCGGAGGACGCAUGGCUUUCGACCUGUGUCUCUCCCGAGCCUGUACGGGAGUUGUAGCGAUGAGACAAGAUAGUAAUUACUAGCAAUUGGAUACCACGAAAAAUUGGGAGAAAAGGGGGUAAAAUUUAACAAAAAUCUGUGGAAAUAACACUGUAUGUAUUAGACUUUAGAAUUUCAUUGGGCCAUUACUGAUUUCACUGUACAAACUUACCUAUGGAUUGUGGAUCAAUGACAUCUAUGGAUUGUGGAUCAAUGACAUGGGGUAUCAGUCUACUCAGUGACACACAGAGAAUAUUAGCAUCGUAGCUCUUAUUGUGGGACUCUGAAACUGUGAAUUGAGCCACAUUUAUUGUCAACCUAUGUGUAUUGAACACUAUUCCAGAGGAAAAAUAAUACUGUGUGGAUGUUUGAGCCUGAUAACUGAGGAGGACGUUGGGGAAAAAAUUAUUGGGUGUUGAGUAGACUGAUACCCCAUUUCAUUGAUCCCCAAUCCUUAGGUAAAGCUGUACAGUGCAAUGGUGAUUUCACACAGUCACACUCCCGCGAUAAGAGCUACAACACUAAUACUUGUGUAAACUCUUCACAGUUGUGUUCUAUGGGUGUCACCGAGUAGACUGAUACCCCAUUUAAUUGCUUCACAUUACAAAAUUGUUUAACCUGUCUGGCUCUGGCGUUCCGCUAGCGGAACUCCUCCCACAUUCCACUGAAAAGGCAGAGCGCGAAAUUCAAAAGAUAUUUUUUUGAAAUAUUUAACUUUCACACAUUAACAAGUCCAAUACAGCAAAUAAAAGAUACACAUCUUUUGAAUCCAGUCAACAUGUCCGAUUUUUAAAAUGUUUUACAGCGAAAACACCACAUAUAUUUAUGUUAGCUCACCACCAAAUACAAAAAAGGACAGACAUUUUUCACAGCACAGGUAGCAUGCACAAAGCCAACCUAACUAACCAAGAACCAACCAAACUAACCAAGAAACAACUUCAUCAGAUGACAGUCUUAUAACAUGUUAUACAAUAAAUCUAUGUUUUGUUCGAAAAAUGUGCAUAUUUGAGGUAUAAAUCAGUUUUACAUUGCAGCUACCAUCACAGCUACCGUCAGAAAUAGAACCGAAGCAGCCAGAGUAAUUACAGACACCAACGUGAAAUACCUAAAUACUCAUCAUAAAACAUUUCUGAAAAAUCGAUGGUGCAAAUUAAAGACAAACAUCUUGUGAAUCCAGCCAAUAUUUCCGAUUUUUUUAAAGUGUUUUACAGCGAAAACACAAUAUAGCAUUAUAUUAGCUUACUACAAUAGCCUACCACACUACCGCAUUCAUUCAUCAAGGCACGUUAGCGAUAGCAAUAGGCACGUUAGCGAUAGGGAAUAAACCAGCAAAAGAUAUUAAUUUUCACUAACCUUCAUAAACCUUCAUCAGAUGACAGUCCUAUAACAUCAGGUUAUACAUACACUUAUGUUUUGUUCGAAAAUGUGCAUAUUUAGAGCUGAAAUCAGUGGUUAUACAUUGUGCUAACGUAGCAUCUUUUUCCCAGAAUGUGCGGAUAUUUUUAUGACACUCCAACUAUUCUGACCAAAUAACUAUUCAUAAACGUUACUAGAAAAUACAUGUUGUAUAGGAAAUGAUAGAUACACUAGUUCUUAAUGCAAUCGCCAUGUUAGAAUUCUAAAAAUAACUUCAUUACGACAACCAGCUUAGGUAUAGCGAGAGAGUACCCAAAAUCUGGGCGCAAACGACUAGUACAACAUGUUCGACAGAUAUAUGAAAUAGCAUCAUAAAAUGGGUCCUACUUUUGAUGAUCUUUCAUCAGAAUGUUGUACAAGGGGUCCUUUGUCGGGAACAAUCGUUGUUUGGAUUUAGAUUGUCCUCUUCUCCAGUCAAUUAGCACGGAAAGCUAGCAAAGUAGCGCAAAGCUCUCCUUCCUGAACAAAGGCACACAACGCAACACGCCUAACGUCCCGAAUAAAUUUCAAUAAUCUAAUAAAACUAUAUUGAAAAAACAUACUUUACGAUGAUAUUGUCACAUGUAUCAAAUAAAAUCAAAGCCGGAGAUAUUAGUCGUCCAUAACGACAGCUUAUCAGAAGGCAAAACCAGGUCCCUUCACGCGCUCUCCAGAAAACAGGAAACUGGUGACACGUCAUGCCGAGAGCUUUUAUUCGACCCCAGAUCAAGUUAUACACUCCAUUUCUUCUCUCACUGCCUGUCGACAUCUAGUGGAAGACGUAUGAAGUGCAUCUAUACUAAUAAAUAUCAAGGACAUUAAUAGGCAGGCCCUAGAACAGAGCAUCGAUUUCAUAUUUUCCACUUGCUGUCAGGAAGUUUGCUGCAAAAUGAGUUCUGUUUUACUCACAGAUAUAAUUCAAACGGUUUUAGAAACUAGAGUGUUUUCUAUCCAAUAGUAAUAAUAAUAUGCAUAUUGUACGAGCAAGAAUUGAGUAAGAGGCCGUUUAAAUUGGGCACAAUUUUCCCCCAAAGUGAAAACAGCACCCUCUGUCCUCAACAGGUUAACAUGAUCUAGUCUAAAUAUGGCAUGAUUUCACCAAUUGCAACCUUCUGCAUCACUUUCAAAUAGGUACUUUUAUUUUGAAGGCAAACCGCAAAUUCCACGAUUGUGCCUAAUCCUUAUUGUGGCUAGCUUCACAACACAUAACCCGGUCAGGUCGAGCCUCAUGAAGCUAGCUGGCUGCUUAUAACGUUAGCUUUUGGCAACAGGGUUUAGUAGCUGGCUAGCUAUUUAUUUUCAUGAACUGAAGUUCAGUUGCAAUAGGUGAACAACAAGUGGCUACCUAGCUAAUAAUUACUCACAAGGAUUCCUAAAUCAUUGCUAAGAAUAAUAAAAAUGACUGCAGUUAUUACUGGUCAUUGUUUUCAGGCUGGUUGUAUUGGUGUUAGCUAGGUACCAAGCCAAAGCUAGUCAGCUACCCCAGAAGUUACGGUCCAACACAACAUUCUACAAUUAAACUGUUAUUUGACAUGUCAAAUUAAAAGCUUAUCUAACGUGUCAAAUAGUGUUAUUUGACGUGUAUCUUUUUUGACACACAAAGACCCAAACGGCGUUCCAUAACAUUUCUCUACGUUUUCCCUGAAUCCAGGAAAGUCCAUAUCAUGGCUGUCUGAAGAAAACCUCUCAUAAUUGUAUGUUCGUUAUUGGGUAAAGAAGGUAAUUUUUUCUAUUCCCUGAAAAGUGUUUGAAGAUAAGACUUCAUAAGCUAUUUUGAAUACAUUGUCUUGUCAUGAAAUGUUCCGACCGAGUACAGUGAGGGGAGUUAAUGCUUUCAAUAAAUUUACUUUUUUUUUUUUUUUUUUACAUUCAAAAAUGUUAAGGUUUUCAUUAGACAACAACGAUAUGUGGCAGUUUCGGGAGUCCUCUCUCGAUUUUUACUUUGGUCUUUUGUUAUGUAUAUUUCAUACAUAAUAUAACCUAUGCCCCUAUUGUGGUAGUACUGUACUGUCAGAACCACACUUAAGGAACAGACUGAAGAAUCCAUCAACAAGGAUGAUUAUAAAACACUAUUUGUAGGGUUUCCCAAACUCGCUCUUAGGGACCCCAAGGGGUUCACGUUUAGUUUUUUGCACUAGCACUACACAGCUGAUUCAAAUAAUCAACUAAUCAUCAAGCUUUGAUAAUUUGAUUUGGCUGUGUAGUGUUAGGACAAAAACCAAAAUGUGCACCCUUGAUAUGACAACUCCUAUGCAUAAUUGAUGUGCUAUAAUAUGGUCUUGGCUGCUAACUAAAUGACUGCAUGUGUAUGUUUAAUAUCCUAGUCUUUUGCUCAUAAAUGUGUCAGUAAAGUAUUUAACUGUUUUAGCAGACAUUUAACACAUGUUCGUAACCCUAUGACGCAUUCAUACUCAAAUAAAACCAUGUCCCGUAUGUCUAGUGAUUUCACAAUAUGUUUCAAGCAUUUGAACUAGCUUACAACCACUUAUAUGGUUGUAGGCUACCAGAAUGGGAUGCAGGCCAUGCCAGGUCAGUUUUAAUUGUUUUGCACCUUUCAAUCAGUCAAGGGUUUCUUAUUUUCUUGCAUUCCAUUGGUGGUGCACAUUUAGUUAUAUGGCACGUAUCUUUUCCAUUAAUUUGGGAUUCAGACCUGCAGAUAUCUCCUAAUGCAUUUGGGCUGUUCUACACAACAGAUGCUGUUAAAUAUGGAUUCACCUCAACAUAAUACCACUUUUUUGUUGCAUGGAAUCAUCUGACAAACUUAGAUAUUUGGGUGAACGUUCCCUUUAAUUUGAAAUUUUGUUCAACCAGUGAAAAAUGCUGCUAUCUCAAGUGCUGCAGUGUUCAGUCUCGUAUAGUUAAAAUAUUUUGACUGAAAAGGUAUGACAAUUGCAACUCAAUAAAGGAAUUGCUAAGUAAACAAACGGUGUCAAGUCUUGCAUGGAUUUGAUGACAAGCUCAUGGGGUUAUGAGUUGUAGAUUGCACUUGCAAAGUAUAGAUUUCAAUUUUUGGAGCCCAAAAAUUGAAAUGUAUCAUUUUGGUCUCAGAAACAAUCACAAUGUGGACCAUCGAAAGAUUAGAAUGAUAGAAUAUUAGCAUGUACAGUACCAGUCAAAAGUUUGGACACACCUACUCAUUCAAGGGUUUUUCUUCUUUUGACUAUUUUCUACAUUGUAGAAUAAUAGUGAAGACAUCAAAACUAUGAAAUAACACAUAUGGUAUGUAGUAACCAAAAAAGUGUUAAACAAAUCAAAAUAUGUUUUAGAUUUGUCAAAGUAGACAGUAUUUGCCUUGAUGACAGCUUAGCAUGCGCUUGGCAUUCUCAACCAGCUUCACCUGGAAUGCUUUUCCAACAGUCUUGAAGGAGUUCCCACAUAAGCUGAGCACUUGUUGGCUGCUUUUUCUUGACUCUGCAGUCCACCUCAUACCAAACCAUAUCAGUUGGGUUGAGGUCAGGUGAUUGUGGAGGCCAGGUCAUCUGAGGAAGCACUCCAUCACUCUUCUUCUUGGUCAAAUAGCCCUUACACAGCCUAGAGGUGUGUUGGGUCACUGUCCUGUUGAAAAACAUAUGAUAGUCCCACUAAGCGCAAACCAGAUGGGAUGGCGUAUCGCUGCAGAAUUCUGUGGUAGCCAUGCUGAUUAAGUGUGCCUUGAAUUCUAAGUUAAUCGCUGACAGUGUCACCAGCAAAGUGUAAUAGUUAAACUUUAGUCCGUCCCCUCGCCCCGACCCGGGCGCGAACCAGGGACCCUCUGCACACACAGACAACAGUCACCCACGAAGCAUCGUUACCCAUCGCUCCACAAAAGCCGCUGCCCUUGCAGAGCAAGGGGAACCACCACUUCAAGGUCUCAAAGCGAGUGACGUCACCGAUUGAAACGCUAUUAGCGCGCACCACCGCUAACUAGCUAGCCAUUUCACAUCGGUUACAAAAGCACCCCCAUACCAUCACGCCUCCUCCUCCAUGCUUCAUGGUGGGAACCACACAUGCGGAGAUCAUCCAUUCACCUACUCUGCGUCUUACAAAGACACGGCGGUUGAAACCAAAAAUGUCAAAUUUGGACUAAUCUGACCAAAGGACAGAUUUCCACCAGUCUAAUGUCCAUUGCUCAUGUUUCUUGGCCCAAGCAAGUCUCUUCUUAUUAUUGGUGUCCUUUAGUAGUGGUUUCUUUGCAGCAAAUCUGACCAUGAAGGCCUGAUUCACGCAGUCUCCUCUGAACAGUUGAUGCUGAGAUUUGUAUGCUACUUGAACUCUGUGAAGCAUUUAUUUGGGCUGCAAUUUCUGAGGCUGGUAACACUAAUGAACUUAUCCUCUGCAGCAGAGAUAACUGAGUCUUCCUUUCCUGUGGCGUUCCUCAUGAGAGACAGUUUCAUCAUAGCGUUUGAUGGUUUUUGCGACUGCACUUGAAGAAACUUUCAAAGUUCUUGAAACUUUACAGAUAGACUGACCUUCAUGUCUUAAAGUAAUGAUGGACUGUUGUUUCUCUUUGCUUAUUUGAGCUGUUUUUGCCAUAAUAUGCACUUGGUCUUUUACCAAAUAGGGCUAUAAUCUGUAUACCACACCUACCUUGUCACAACUUAUUUCAUAGUUUUUAUCUAUUACCUAUUAUUCUACAAUGUAGAAAAUAGUACAAAUAAAGAAAAACCCUUGAAUGAGUAGGUGUGUCCAAACCUUUGACAGGUACUGUACAUAUUUGAUGCAUUAUUGAUUAACUGCAUUUUAAUAGUGUUAAUAUGGAAUAAUGUGAUGACAUUACCAUUUCCAAAUGAUUACUAUUUUCUCUCCAUGAUUGUGUUUUGAAACUUGUUUGAGAGAAAUGUUUGCUCCUUGUUUUAUAUUGUAUACAUUUGUAGUACAUGUUUUUACCAAGGUAUUUAUAUUUACAGUAAUGAGAAUAAUGUGUAGAGAGACUGUCUAACCAAAAGGUUAGUAUGAGUGAUACGGGUGAUUGAUUGUUGUAAUGGCCCUCAGCUACCAUCUCUAGUCAAAGCUUGAUUUCUGACUUGUAAUGUUUGACAAUCCGUAAAUUAGGUGUGUUUGUCUGUGUAUGUGCGUGUGUGUGCGGGUGUGUGUUUUGUGUGUGUGUGGCAGGGAAGGAUUACUUGAUUAAGUUCCAAUAAUAAAUCAUAUGCAUUGUUUUGUAAACAACAGAAAUAAUAACGGGGUCUCAUAUGAAGCCAUUGUGCUUUUAUUUUUGUUUAGUAUUCUAUAGUUUUAAAAAGGGAGUAUUUCCACAGUUGCUGAAAAACAACUGCAUUUUAGUUUUUAAAAUUAUUAUUUUAAGCAUUUGAAUAGAAUAUUUUGUCUUUUAAUCAUCUGAUAUUCUAAUGUAACUCUUCUAUAUCUGUUAAACUAACAGAAGCUACAUUUGAGUCCACUUACACCACCACCAAAAAUACAUUAGUUACAACUACAUACUUCCUUCCUAACAGAUCGUUCCAGGUUAUGCAAUCCUAUUUGUGUUGACAACUGUCAUUUGUGUAAUAUUAUUAUUAUACAAACCACACUGUGUACCUGACAAUGAUUAAUGCCAUUAGGAUAGACGAUAACAAUGUAAUCCCUGCAGCACUCUCAAACCACUCCUGAUCAAAUUCCUCCUGCUUAGCCCUACCUGUCAAUUUAAUUGUCAGAUCAUGUAUUACAGGCAAGAGAUUUUUUUCAAUGAACAAUAAACACAAUGAAAUACA